AUGCUCGCCCUCGGCCAGCACAAUAUUCCGGGACUCCGUUGGGUGUUGGAAGGAUUUAAUAACUACGACAUUCAACGAGUGAAAGAAGUGGGUGCGGAUCGCGCCGCUGCCGAAUGGAUCGUUCGUUGCGGCGGAACGAUCAAGUUCACGCAGAUUGGGGAGAACUUUGCGGAUUAUAAUGCUCUGGUGAAACGAACGGCUCAGUUGGAUCCAAGACGUGCCGAGGAUAAUGUGACGUUGGAGACGAUUCGAGCGGAGGACGCUAGUGUUACGGGAUUCGGGUGUCGCCAUUUUGAAAACCUGUCGGCCAUCAAAAAUGUCUCCUUCAUUCGCUGUAAGAAUUUCCACGACUUUGGCCUCGAAUACAUGGGACAACACGUCGGCGGACAUCUCAAGAAUCUCCACAUCGAAGAGUGCCGUCGUAUCACUGAAUUCGGUCUGGAGCAUUUGAAGGCGUUCACCGCACUCGACAAACUCACUCUUCGCAAUCUGAAGGGUGUCCACGGAAAGGAGAAAGUCGAGGAGAAACUUCGUGGAGCACUUCCGAAGACCACUGAGAUUCAGUGUGAACUUUGA